GCAGAUAUUGCUUGUUAAUCUGUCUUAAAUUUGGGUGUAUUUCGUCGCUGGUAAGUGGAAAACCGUAACAGCAAAACUGAAAAGUUGGGAAAGAAAUAGGGUCUGUCCUGUGAGUGAAGCUGUUUUUUGUUUGAUUCUUUCCUUUAUGUUUGAUUUUGGGGGAGGAUGCAAGGGCACCUUCACAAUGUGAAACCAUUGUGAACUUUGUCUUAUACCUUUACUUUAAAAGCUACUUGUAUCACAGAAGAAUGUAAGCAAGCCAAUCAUAGUCCUUGACAGGAAGGUUCUAAAAAAUAAGCCAAAAUAUGUAGAUAGAAAUUUUAUAGUAUCCAUGACACCACAGAUAAAAAACAUGACUCAAAAAGCUGGCUUCGCCUCGCUAUGUCAAGACAAAUCUGUCAGUGCAGUUUGUUUCCUCUGUCUCUGAUUGAUUGCCAAGACCAGUGAAGUGAAGAAGAAGGACCAUAUCCUGCUUCUUCGCCUAGCUUGAAAAUGAACUUGUGAACGUACAGCAAAGCUGAAGUUGAAGCAUGCUAUGCUCGAGAGAAGAAAAACCUGCGCCCUGCUGCUUCGCUUAGCAGAGUAUAAACCUGCCUUCAAGUGGCUUUAGUCUACCACUUCUGCACUUGAACUAAAGUAAAGAAACAAAAAGAAGCCAGUAGUUGUACUGUCUGUUAUAUCAACAGGAAGUGUUAAUGAUUCAACCAAUGGUGUUAUAAAUGGAACUACAACUGUAGACGAGAAAAAAACUGAUAUCACUAUGCCUAGUACAGAAGAAGAAAUACCAAUUAUUUCAACCUGGGUUGUUAAACCAUGGUAUAAAGAAAUAAAAUGUUACAGUGUAUAUGUAUUAAUUCUACUGUUGUUAACAUACUUGUUAAAUCAGCUAGAUAGAUACAUGUUAGCCAUCACUGUUCAACCGAUGGCACAAGAAAUACAUUUUGGUGAUAAAGGCUGUCUUAAGAAUAAUUCCUUACCAAAAGAUUUUAUAAAAGAUAUUAAGUGUGAUGGAAAUUCUACUGAAUUUUGUGAAGCUAUAUCAUUGAAUGGUACCUUAACAUGUAAAUGGGACUAUACUGGUGCAGGUUUUGAAUACCAACUAGUUGCUGGGCCUAUAUUUAUUGUUAUUUAUACAUUCAUGGGUAUCUUCAUCGGUUUCCUUGCUGAUAGAUAUAACAGAAAAGUUCUCUUGGCUAUUUGUCUCAUGUUUUGGUCGGCCAUGACACUUUUAACUGGUUUCAUCAAUGAAUAUUGGCAGUUGGUAGUUCUAAGACUUGGACUUGGAGCUGGAGAAGCAGGUUGUACACCAUUUGCAGCUUCAAUAAUAUCUGAUUAUUUCAUUGCCAGUCAACGUGGUACAGCUCUAGGUAUUUAUAAUUGGGGAAUAUAUACUGGUUAUAGUAUGUCUUAUGCUAUAGGAAACUUUAUUACAUUAGCCAAUAUAAACAAUCAGGGAUGGAGAUGGGCAUUUUAUAUAUCUGGUAUCCCAGGUCUAAUUAUUGGUGUUAUAAUAUUAUUAACUGUGAAAGAACCUAAGAGAGGAGCUAAUAAAACAUCAGAAGUAACCAAUUCAGAUGAACAUGUUGCUGCUGAAACAGUGUGGGAUAAAUUAAAAAGCACAGCUCGACCAUUCUUUAGACCAUCAUUAUUGUUACUAUGUAUUGCUGGGUCAAUACGAAAUUCAGGUGGUUAUGUGUGGGCAUACAAUACUCAACCCUAUUUUAAUAAGUUAGGUAAAUCAUUAGACUAUACAGAAGAUGAAACUAGUACGUUAGUGGGAUCCUAUAUGUCGUGGAUUCCCCUAGUUGGUGGAAGUCUGGGUGUAUUAGUUGGUGGUAUAAUCUCAGAUAGAGUCGUCAAAAAACGAGGGCUGUAUGCUAGAAUUUUAGUCUUAGUUUUUACUCAGAUUUUAGCAGCGCCUUUCGCAGCAGGAACAUUAUUUUUUGAUCCACCAUGGGCUUUCAUCUGUCAAAUACCCACAUAUAUUAUAGGUGAGAUGUGGGUUGGUGUAACAUUAGCUGUAGUAAUAGAAUUAGUACCUACUAGAGUAAGAACUACAGCUGUAGCAGUAUAUUUAUUUAUUAUAAGUAAUGUUGGUGGUAAUUUUCCGUUAAUAGUACCACCACUUCAGAAAUCUUUAGAAAAUUCUGGAGCAUUAUAUGUUUUAUACCCAGGAAUGUAUGUUGGUGGUUCAUUAUUAUUUUUAUUAACAAUGUUUGUAGUCAAACGAGAUCAAGAAAAUGCUCGAAAAUAUAACUCCAUGAUUCAAGGUACAGAUGAAAAAUCAGAUUGA